AUGGGGGGAGUCCGGCACCAGCACAGCGUCCUGGCUCCCUGCACUCCGGCCUGGGUCGGCCGGAAGGUGCGCUUCCUGCCCACCAACUUCUCCCGCCUCAAGAAGGAGGCGGGCUCCAGCAGCGAUGGUGGGUCGCGGGGGAGUGCAGGCCCCAGCGCCAAACCCGACUCCGGCGGCCCCGCGCUGUCGGUCCUGGAGGCUGACCUGGCGGUGGAGGAGCGAGAGGAGCGGGAGGAUCCGUGGACCCUGGCCCGGUACCACCCGACCACCCUGCCCCUGCCUGACGGGGAGGGCCAGGCCCCGGCCACGCUGCGGGGCAGCGACCCCGCGUCGGCCGUGCCUCGGGACCUCAUGACGCGCGAGGACCCCGCCAGCGCCACAACCAGCGAGCUGGACUGGCUGCGGGACCGGGAGGCCAACGAUGGGCGGCUGGUGCUGCUCCAGCUGCCCCCCGUCCUCCCCCUGCUGACGCUGGUGGGGAAGCUGCAGGUGAUGGCCAGCGGCGCGGUGCGCCUGCGCGUCGGCGAGGUGGCGCUGGAGCUGUCGGCGGGGACGCCGUGCCUGCACGCGCAGGAGGUGUGCCUGCUCUUCCCCGCCGCGCGGCAGGCAGUGUCGCUGGGCAGCCUGAGCCAGCGCAUCGUGGCGGUGCCGGAUCUGGGGGCCCUGCUCAGCUCGCCCAUGGAGGUGGACCUGGUGGAAGGCGACGGCACGGUCGCGGAGGGCGGCGCAGCCGAUGCCCAACGCCUUGUUGCCAUCAAGCCGGACCCCGGCGCCGUCGCCAGCCCACGGCGAGGCGCGCGGAGGCUCGUGAUGGACGAAGACGACUGA